GUCAGUGCUGUGGACUGUAUGCGUCUCCCAACAACGCUGCUGGCUAAGGAAGGGACGAUGCCGAACCUACGUGCUACGAAGCUGUACACGAUGGAUCAGAUACGGAACUCUCCCUCCAGAAAAGACGGCGUCUCCGAGGCCUUGGAGAAUGACUAUCGGCGAACGACGGGGCUCUUUAUCAAGGCGGCCGGGAAGGAGCUUGAGCUGCCGGUCGACGCGGUAGCGACGGCGCUGGUCUUCUUCCACAAGUUCUUCAUGCUGCACUCUUUCCAGAAACACGAGCGCUUCUUCGUGGGAUCGGCGUGUCUCUUCCUGGCCGCCAAGGUGGAGGAGAGCUCGAAACGAGUGGAGCAGGUGAUGAGCAAGAGCUGGAAAGUCUGGAAUGGCGGCAGAGACCCCCCCUCCGAAAACGAGAAGUCCUUCAAGAGACUGAGGGAGAAGAUUCUUAUCGCGGAACGCUGCGUUCUCCACACGCUCGGCUUUCAACUCACCGUGGAGCACCCGUACUCGGUGGUCAUGUCUCUGCUGAAGAAGCUCUUUACGAUGGGCAAGGGCGCCGACGGGGGGAAAGGGGCCGACAAGGCUCUCAACCGACAGCUCAGCCAGGCGGCAACCAGCUUCGUGAACGACAGCCUGCUGACCACGCUGUGCCUUCAGUACCGGCCGAAGCAGGUGGCAGCGGCGGUUGUCUACCUGUCGUACUUGUACAUGGGCCUGCCCCGGGUAGAUACGACGCUCCUGGAGGCUGACGUCACGGUGGUCGCAAACAUUUGCGACAUCAUCCUGUCCCUCUACGACGAACGCGGCGCCGGGCACGCCACGGUCGUCGUCACCGAUCUUCGCGACAAGCUCAAGCAGCGGAUUAUGAAGAACACCACGGCCGCCGCCGGCUCUGACGCCGCCGGCUCCGGCUCCACGGCCGUCAGCCCUCCGCCCGCGAGCGCAACGAUUACAACGGCUUCACCGCGACCGACGCCGUCUUCACCUCGGCCAACGACGUCCUCCUCAUCUUCCAGGGCCACGCGAGAUCACGCGUCGUCGCCGUCGUUACCGCUUGGCAGCAACAACAGCAGCAGUAGCAACAACAUCGCGGCCAGUCUGGUUGACGGUGGCGGUGUGGACAAAAGGGGCAGCAGUGGUGUCGGGGGAGGGAGUGGUAGCAGCGAUGGUGGGCAAGGGAGGGGGGUAGCAGGUCGGGCUGUAGAGGACAGCAGGCGACAUCAUCACACCCACAAUCGCCGGGACCCCCGGAACUCGCCGUCGAAAGCAGUGGUAAACCCUUCCGCGAAGAGGAAGAGUGGGGAUGGCGACGCGGAUUUGGGAGACGCGGGGAGGAGCGGAAGCGCGGCGGGGGCGGGGGCGGGGGCGGGGGCGGGGGCGGUUGAUUUCAAGCGACGAAAGUCGUCGGCGUCGUCAUUUACGUAGCGGGUGUGCAGCGUUUUAAGAAAGCCUGAAGGGGAGGUAUGCCUGUUGCCGCACCCGCGUGUGCAGACCUCAACUUCAUGCCUCCGACAGUCACGCCCAUGGCACGGAAGCAACAAGAACCACGACAUAUGUUUAUUUCGGGAGCAUUGUCCGUGUCUUCGCGAGAAUCAUCUCUUCGCGAGAAUCACCGAGCAGCUUUCUUGUGGUCCUGGUGGUGUACAGUUGGGGUAGAGAGACGUUGAGGGUUCGACUGAGAAUGUGUACAGGUUGGUAGAGCAUAGCGUUUUGGUGUGUGAAUUUCACGGGUGUUGUAACAAAGUUCCGAAGCAAAAUUCCCGGGAUUGUGAGCAGUUCGGGAGGCAUGGCUAGGCAGAAUCCUUGAUCGAGCAGUCGUUUCUACAUGGGAAGGCAGACAGGAAAAAAUGUGUCGCAACACUCGUGAACUGCUGUUUGACGGUGUACAGUGUGCUCUGUGUUCACUCACGACGUCGUUGUUGUUUUGGGACGAUCCUGCCGCCCUUGGUAGUCAAUCAAUGUAAAUG